AAAUUAGGGGGAAAAAAUCGAAAACAAAAAGGAUAAAAGUAAAGAAUUUUUUAGGGAAUUUGCUCGAGAAGUAACGUAUCCUCUCAGCUGCCAGUAGCAAUCCAAUCUGGGGAUGUAUCCCCUCACCAAACCUGAAUCAACGAUCCAUCGCCUCACCAGGAAGUCCGUGCGAUCGUCGCUUUUGCUUGGAGUCCAGUGCGGGCUUCGCCCCAGUUGAGGUUAGAUUGGGAGAAGAGGCGCGGAGUGGGGGAGAGGGGAGGAAGCGAGGAGGAUAUCAUGGCAUCCCUCUGGAUUGCUUCUUUGCUUCUUUUCUCCUUGUUUAACUUGACUGUCGGGAGGCCAAUCUACCCGCUGCCAAGCAAACAAGACAACAAAGUCAAACAGCCCCUGCAGACAUCGAGACCAUAUAACAUUGCUCAUCGGGGUUCGAAUGGAGAGAUUCCUGAAGAAACAGCUGCUGCCUAUAUGAGAGCCAUUGAAGAAGGUGCCGACUUCAUAGAGACUGAUAUCCUUGCAAGUAAAGAUGGCUCGUUAAUUUGCUUUCAUGAUGUAAUACUUGAUGAUACAACUGAUAUUGCCAAACAUAAGGAGUUUGCCGAUCGCAAAAGAACCUAUGAAGUUCAAGGGUCUAACAUGACUGGGUACUUUGUAGUGGAUUUUACACUUGAUGAACUUAAAUCACUUAGAGUGAAGCAGAGGUAUCCAUUCCGAGAUCAACAGUAUAAUGGUAAAUUUUCAAUUAUCACGUUUGAGGAGUUCAUUGCCAUUGCUCUUGAUGCCAACAGAAUUGUUGGAAUAUACCCAGAGAUCAAAAAUCCAGUUUUCAUCAAUCAGCAUGUCAAAUGGCCCCAUGGGAAGAAAUUUGAGGACAAGUUUGUUGGGUUGCUACUGAAGUAUGGGUAUAAAGGCGCAUACAUGUCGGAGGAUUGGCUGAAGCAACCAGUGUUCAUACAGUCUUUUGCUCCAACUUCUUUAAUAUACAUUUCAAACAUGACAGAUUCUCCAAAAAUAUUUUUAAUUGAUGACUUCACCAUGCCAACGCAAGACACAAAUCAGUCAUAUUGGGAAAUUACUUCAGAUAGUUUUCUUGAAUACAUCAGAAGCUAUGUGGUUGGAAUCGGACCCUGGAAGGACACAAUUGUUCCCCCAGAAAAUAACCACUUGACUACACCCUCUGAUCUUGUUGAUAGAGCGCAUGCACAUAAUCUUCAGGUACAUCCAUACACCUACAGGAAUGAGAAUUCGUUCUUACACUUUGAUUUCCAUCAAGACCCAUAUUCCGAGUAUGAGUACUGGCUAAACAAAAUUGGGGUCGAUGGAUUAUUCACCGACUUCACUGGAAGUCUUCACAAGUAUCAGGAGUGGGCAGCUGCAUCUGGCACGGAUGAGAAGAGCGCAUACGGCCUACUGCACAAGAUUGCGCUUAUGAUCUCCUCUUAUGAUUGAGAAUGAACAUUUUUAGCCAGUGUAAAAUGUAUCCAUUGCCAAACGUGCAACGUUGGUGUUUAGUUCUCGACUUUCAUUGAAAGAUUUAUCAUGCGAACAAUCUAUUUGGAUCUUGAUAUGUAUGAUACGGAGAAACUAUGAAGCUUAAUAUGUUUUUAUGUGCAUAUUUUGAUUUAUAUAUGUGGAGAUCAAAUUUUA